AUGGAAGAGAAAUCGACCGCCGCUCCCCCGGAGUCUUUCCGUGUGGUCCUUGCGUCCGUGACGAACCUGCUGUACCCCGUAGACAUUGACUUGAUCCACUAUCUCUUUUCCAAAUAUGGAGAGAUCGAGAAGAUUGUCACGUUCAGCAAGUCCCCGACUAUGUACCAGGCGCUGAUUCAGUUUCAGAACCCUGAGCAGGCGCGCCACGCGUUGAUGAACUUGCACAGCCGCAACAUCUACGACGGGUGCAACACGCUGCAGAUUCAGCCGUCUCGUCUGAACGAGUUGGUUGUGAAGAACAACACGCAAAAGAGCUGGGACUACACGGUGCAGAGUGGAGGCCCGUCGGGCUCUGCAGGCGCGCCGGGCGCGGACAUGGCGCCGCCUGGUCAGGCGCCCCACGGCGCCGCCGCGGCCGCGGCCGGCGUGCCCGCCUCGGGCGUGAACAACAACGGCCGCAGCGUGGGGCCACACGCCCCGGGGCUGGGGCGCCGCCCCACCACGCCCCCCCGGCGGGCCCGCACCACGGGCCCUACGGCGGAGCCGCUGGAGCCCAACACCACCCGCCGCCGAUGA